GACUCCCCAGCUCCACCAACAACAGGAAGUUGCCUGGCUCAUAAAAAACUGCCCUCGAUUAGCAGCCUAUCCACAACGGAGGAGGGAGAGGGAGAGGGAAAGAGAGAGACAACAAGGGGAGGGGGAGGUUUCAUCCUCCAGCGCUCAGUCGCACUGUGUUUUCACACAGAAAGCUCCUCCGCCUGCACUGUUCUGCUUCCUGGAGGAAAUAAAGGAUAGCUGAUCUGGUUUUCCUCCCUGGAUGACACGCGCGCACUUUCACACAUGAAGGACACAAAGAAACGGAGGGAAUGCAGGGCGCACAAUGGCUCACUUUAAGGACGUAGCUGUGAAAAAGACCACGUCUUUGAAUCUGGUGACGGGAUUCUUUCAGUAUCUCCGUGAUGAACAAGAGGCAGUGCAGAAAAGAACUUUCACAAAGUGGAUUAAUUCACACUUGGCCAAGCACAAACCUCCUUUUGAAGUCAACGACCUUUUUGAGGACAUCAAGGAUGGGGUGAAACUGCUGGCUCUGUUAGAGGUGCUGUCUGGACAGAGAUUACCAUGCGAGCAGGGCCGCCAAAUCAAAAGGAUCCACUGGGUGUCCAACAUCGGCACAGCUCUUAAGUUCCUGGAGGGAAGGAAGUCUGUGUACCGAGGGUCUCCGAUCAAACUAGUCAAUAUUAAUGCCACCGACAUUGCUGAUGGACGCCCGUCCAUUGUCUUGGGGCUGAUAUGGACCAUUAUCCUCUAUUUCCAGAUUGAGGAGUUGACCAGUAAUCUUCCAGCCCUUCAGGCUUUAUCCAGCAGUGCGUCUUCAGUGGACAGCAUGGCCAGCUCUGAGACGGGAAGUCCACCUAUGAAACGCAAAGUGAUGACAAAGUUUCAGGGCAACGCCAAAAAAGCCCUGCUCAGAUGGGUCCAAAACACAGCAUCCAAGCGUCUGGGGAUUGAAGUUAAAGACUUCGGUCCUAGUUGGCGCAGCGGUGUGGCCUUCCAUUCUGUUAUUCAUGCCAUUCGGCCAGAACUCGUGGACAUGGACAUCGUGAGAAAAAGAAGUAAUCGUGAGAACCUGGAAGAGGCUUUCAGUGUGGCAGAGAACGAACUGGGAAUACCACGUUUGCUAGAUCCUGAAGAUGUGGAUGUGGACAAGCCUGAUGAGAAAUCCAUAAUGACAUACGUAGCUCAGUUCCUGAAGCACUACCCAGAUCCCCACCAGUCCGAGACAGAUGGACAGCAAGAGGAGCUGGUUCGUACCAUUCCUACAUUUGCUCUCUCUAUCCCAGCUCUACAGUAUGAUCCACAAGAUAUUGAGCUAAUGCUUGAGCGAGAGGAACGCAAGGUGCUGAGAGAGGUGAAGAUCUGGCUGGAUCAGCUAGAGAGAGAUAUACUGCAUGCGCAGGGAUCUGAAGAGAGUCUUACCGACAAAUAUCAGGCCUUCAAGAAUUUCCGCGUGCAGUAUGAGAUGAGAAAGAAACAGAUCGAGUCUCUCCUGCAACCAGUACACAGGGACGGCAAACUGUCCGUGGACCAGGCUGUGGUCAAACAGGCCUGGGAUCAUGUGACUGUCAGGCUCUUAGACUGGCACAUCCAUCUGGAUAAAUCUUUACCGGGGCCUUUGGGAGUGAUCGGAGCCUGGCUGCAUCGGGCAGAACUUUCCUUGAGAGAGGACAUACCCAUUCAACAGGCCCAUGAAGAGACGGCCAACAUUAUCCACAGAAAACUGGAACAGCACAAGGAGGUUUUGAAAAAUUUGGAGGGACACCGACAGACAUUUCAACAGAUUCACAGAGACCGAUCAGUAAACGGUGUACCGGUUCCACCAGAGCAGCUUCAGGACAUGGCGGAAAGGUUUAAUUUUGUGUCCACAUCAUCUCACGUCCAUCUGAUUAAGUUUGAGUUCUGGGAGAUGAAGUACCGUCUCAUGGCGUUUCUCAUGCUUGCCGAGUCAAAGCUCAAAUCGUGGAUUAUUAAAUACGGCCGUCGGGACUCAGUGGAGCUUCUUCUGCAAAAUUAUAUUGCGUUUAUUGAAGGCCAUAAGUUCUUUGAGCAAUAUGAAACCACGUUUCGGACUUUGAAACAAGCCGCAGACUCCUACUUAAAAUCUGGGGCUUCAGUUGAAGAGGUAGAAGGAGUGAAUAAGUUUCUGAGCGAUGCAACGGCGCAGUGGAAGAACCUGUCAGUGGAGGUGCGCAGCGUCCGCAGCAUGCUGGAGGAAGUGAUUUGCAACUGGGAGAAAUACAGCAGCACAGUGGCCAGCCUGCAGGCCUGGCUAGAGGACGCUGAGAAGAUGCUCAACCAGUCAGAGAGUGACAAACGGGAGUUUUUCCGGAAUCUUCCACACUGGAUUCAGCAACACAUGGAUAUGAAUGAUGCUGGAAACUUCCUGAUUGAGACGUGCGAUGAGACUGUGUCUCGAGAGCUGAAACAGCAGUUGCUUCUUCUCAAUGGCAGAUGGAGAGAGCUGUUUGUCAAAGUCAAACAUUAUGCAAGAGCAGAUGAAGUGGACAAACUGAGAAAGGAUUAUGAUGAUGGGAUUGAAGCUUUGAAAGCGUUUAUUGACUCGGCCAAUGAGAGGAUGAACAAUCCAGUUCAAGUUUCUUUUCUGAACAUACGGACAUAUCUACAAGACGUUGAGGACAUCAAGCACAAAGUGCCGUCCAUGGAGGCGGCGUACAAGACGGCCACACGUAAUGCACAGCAGUUGACCAAAGACCUCACCGAGGAGGAGAUCGCUCAGAUGCUGGCUACCAUGGCAACCAUCAAGGAUGAGCUCAGCAAGAUAAGAGAGAGAGCACUGCCCCUGCUGAGGGACUCCCAGGCCAUGCUGCCUCCAUUAGAGGAGAUGGAAAAACAUAUCACUGGGUUCUACCAGUCGCUGGAGAAGGCGAGCCGCAUUACUUCCUCCCGGGACUCCGAGGCUCCGGGAGAUUUCAAACAGAAGUGUCAGGAGCUGGUGACGUAUCAGCAGAGCUGUAAAAAGUGUCUGUCAGUGAUUGACAAAAACCAUCAGAUCAUUCUGAAGUCAUUGGACACCAGUAAGAACCUAAAACACCUGGACACGUCACUGCUGGAGAGGAGAAUCACUGAGCUUCAGGCCUCUUCACAGGGCAUGGUAAAAGAAACCACAGAAUGGAAGAGGCAUGUGGAGGCAAACAGCAGUCUGAUGAAGAGAUUUGAGGAGUCUCGUGUGGAGCUGGAGAAAGUUCUGAAAAUAGCUCGCAGCUCCAUGACUGAGAGAGGAAACCCAGAGGACCUUCUGAAAAAGCACACUGAGUUCUUUGGGCAGCUGGAUCAGAGAGUUCUCAAUGCCUUUCUGAAAGCCUGCGAUGAACUCACAGAUAUACUACCAGAACAAGAACAGCAGAAUCUGCAGGAAACAGUCAGGAAACUGCACAAACAGUGGAAGGAUGUCCAAACAGAGAUUCCCUCUCACCUGCUGCAUCUGAAGGUGGAGCUGGAGAAGAGUCGUCUGAUGGCAUCAGUGCAGGAGUGUCAAGCUGAACUGGCCCGUGAGAACCGCAGUCUGCCCAGCAUGGGCAGCGAGAGGUUAAUCAAAGAGCACAGGAUGUUUUUUAAGGAAAAGGGUCCACAGGCUCUUUGUGAGAAGCGUUUACAGCAUAUGGAGGAACUGUGCUCAAAGCUUCCGGAGAACAAACAAGCCCAGCAAACUCUGGAGAAUGCCAGGACAGCGUUUGCAGAGGCUAAAGAGGAUAUUGACAGCACACAUCAGAAACUCAUGCAGCACCCAGACAAGUGGAAGGAGUUUAAUACAAGGUUCUCUGAACUCUCUGCCUGGGUUACAUCGAAGGAAAGUCAACUCAGACUUCUGCGAAACAGAGCUGGAGACCCCAGCAAGUUUGGACAGGUCAAAUCCACCAUUGAGAGCCUGAGAAACGAUGCUGAACUGCAGGAGGGGAAUGUGAGCUGGUUGAAGACGCGUUUGGCCGCUUUGAUAGAGGUUUGCACAGAAAGUGACGCUCAGAGACAGGGAGCUGCUCUCAGCAAACUCUCCAAUGACUUCAAGGGUCUCCUCACCUCCCUUUCUGAGUCAGAGAAGGUCGUGCUGGCAGUGAGCGACUGUGUGCAGUUCAGAGAGGAGGUGAAAACUACACUGGAGGAGCUGACCCAGGGUCAGCAGGAGCUGCAGUCAGAAAUCAGCAAGAUUCUGGACUCUGAGUCUGUCAGAGAAGCCCAACAACUGCUGCUACUUUAUCAGCAACAACUCAAGCGUCUCCGGCUGAAGAGGAAGGAAAUGCAAGAGCAGAUUAAUCGUGGAAAGCUGCUGCAGGUAGAGGAGGGUCUGGAGGAGAGCUUACAGGAAGAUCUGCAGAAACUAGAAACCACCUUGAGCAAAAUGGAUCAAAGCACAGAGUCACAGGAAAAAAACCUGGAGGUGACUUUGGCUGCUUGGCAGGAGUUUGACAGUCAGCAGGCAGCAGUGAAGGAGUUUGUGGGUAAAGUGCGAUCGGUCACAGAGAAAGAGAUGAACUUCAGCAGUCCAGACAGUCUCAGCACAGAGCUGGAGCAGGCCAAGGAACUUCUGAAACAGUGUGAAACGGAGGCCAGACAGGUGAACACUCUUCUCAAGAGGGCCACAGAGAUCCAGUUGGGCCCCAAAAAUCAGUCUCUCCUCCAGGAUCAAGCACGGGCUCUGAGUGAACAAGUGGACAAAGUUGAAACUGGACUCAAGCGAGACGUGAAGACUUUGGAGGGUAUGAAAGAUCAGUGGGAUUCGUUUGGGAGUGAGUUUGAAGCUUUUUCCACAUGGAUAACGGAGAGAGAAAGACAAAUGGAUGCCUUGAAAAGCUCCAGCGCACCUUUGGACCAGCAAAUCUGUACCGUAAAGACAAUCAGAGAUGGUUUGCAGGAGAGGUCACAGGUCCUGUCCAAUCUGGAGGAGAAAUCUCAAGCGCUGGUCCAGUUUGUGUCGUCUGGCGAAUCUGCACGAAUCAAAGCCCGUCUGACACAGAUUGGCAGAUACUGGGAGGAGCUUAAGGAGAGUGUGGAACAUCUGAAUGGACAGCUGGAAGAAAGCUCCUCCCACCAGACAAAGUUCAACGCCAACCUUCAACAGGUACAAUCAGAGGUUGAAGAUAUCCAGAAGAAACUUGACAGCCCCGUCACCUCCUGCGUGUCUUCAUCAGAGACGUACAAAACCCUACAGAGUCACAUGGAUAUGUUCCCGUCCCUGGAAAAGCUGAAGGCCACCCUGCUGUCCCUGUCUGCUGGCGCCCGCAGGCUCAGCGAGAGGGAGAAGGCCGAGAAAGCCGUGGCAGCCCUGCAGCAAAGUUAUGAGAAGUGUUUAAAACAGGCCAAGGAAAAACAGAACCAAAUGGAGAGCCUUCUGUCACACUGGCAAAAGUAUGAAAAGGAUUGGUCUGCCCUGCAGUCAUGCCUGGAGAGAUGUGAAUCCAUAUCCGGCUCUGAUUCUCAAUUCCUCCCGGUCGACAAAUUAAAGUUGGAUGGAGAACUGCUGGAACUGAAACACCUACAAAGUGAACUUCAGUCUCUGGAGUCGGUUUACAACAGGCUGGUUUCUCAAACACCAUCUCUUUACACCACUGCAUCAGAUGAACGUGUGAAAACACUCAAAGAAGACCAUGAACAACUUGAGAAAAGAUGGAAAUGUCAGACCACAGCUGUACCUCAAAGAAUCCAAGUGCUUCAGGAGCACCUUUCACAGGUGGAACAGUUUGAUCAAGCCCUGCAGAAGUUCUUCAAAUGGGGAGAGUCUUUCCUCUCAUCUUUACACUCGUUUUCUCACGUUGAUAUCACUGAUCUUCAACCUUCCACCAGUGAUAUAAAGGGGAGGAGAGAUGAUCUGCUGAAGCAGAGUGUUCUAAGACAGAGUCUUCAAGAGCAAACUAAGACCUUGUGUGAUGUUUGUGAGCCGAAUGAGGUUCAGCAGCUUCAAGGAAAGUGGGAGAGCUCCUUGCAGCCGUACAUGGAGGCACAUCAGCUGGUUGAACUACGAGGUGAGAGUCUGGAUAAGCUAGAGGCCUUCCUACACACCCAUACUGUGGCAGCUGGUGUCCUUCAAGGCCUUAGACAGACCGUGGAGAGCGCUGGGAGUUGGGAUAAAAGCCGGGUGGACGAGCUGCAGAAAGACCUCGAAGCCAUCGUUCCUGAUAUCAGCCGUCUUGAAACACUCGCCGUGAAUCUGGAUGGCAGCCUCUGUAAGGCUCAUCUCCACCUGAUGAAUGGAAAGGAGACUCGAUCCUCGUGCCGCUCAUUGGCCGACUCCUUGAGCGUUGAGCUUGAUGCCGUGAGAAACCUACUGGGCUCCAAACAAAGUGAAGCUGAGGCUCUCGGCGCUCUCUGGAGCUCGUUCAGACAGCGUAAAGAACAGCUGCUCAAAACAGUUGAGGAUAUUGAGGAGAAGGCAGAUAAACAAGGCCUGAAAGAGCCCAAUCUACAUACUCUACAGCAGAGGCUUCGGUUCUUCAAUCAGCUGGAAGAUGAGCUGCAGUCACACCAACACGAGGAGCAGUGGCUCAGGGACAAAGGUCAACAGCUGGCCCAGAGAGAUGCUGAGCUGGGUGGUGAAGUACUAAGGGAAAUUAACCUUCUUCAGACCACCUGGGAAGACACCAAGAAACUCAUCACUGAAAGGCAAGAGCAGAGCAGUGCUUUGGUAGAGCUCAUGAAGGACUACCAGAGUUUAAAGUCUUCAAUAAACACAAUAUUGGAGAGCGCUGAUGCUAUAUCCGAUAUUAAAGCUGUCCUAAAAGACCAAGAGGACACACGGAGAUCCCUGUUGAAGCAUGAAGCUGUUAAAGCAGAGAUGGCCAGUAACCAGGAUGUACUGGAGCGAUUCUCUAGUAAAGGAAAGAAGCUUUUAAAUGAAUUAAACAAGAUCCCCGACUGCGACACCCAGAUUGUGAAGACAGAAAUGGAUGCCACUGUGGACCAGUGGCUAGAUGUUUCAGAAAAAAUCGAGGACAAUCUCGAAAGUCUCAAGAGGAGCUCUGCUCUGUGGGUGGAAAUCUAUGAUAUCAGUGGAGAAAUUGAAAGCUGGUCCAACAGCUCGGUUAUGGAUCUUACAGAUGGACUCAAUAACUUCAACGAUAGCCAGAAAACCGCAAACAAACUCUCUGAAGUCAAGGCGGAUGUAGGCCUGAAAGAAAAGAAGAUUGAUGCUUUACAAGAGAAAGUUUCAGAGCUCAAACAACUCUGUGGUGGUCAAGAUGUUCCUGCUAAACUGCAGGUCAUGGAGACGGACCUCAGAAGGAAAAUUAGUAACAUUGAAGAGCUAUGCAAUCAAUCCAAGAGCAACCUCCAAGAUUUUUGCUCUCAGAAGAAGCAGCUGGAAGAUUUUCUCACCCAGAUGUCUGAGUGGUUGCAGAACGUUGAGAGAUCUUUGGUGGAAUCACCAUGCGGAACAGCUCCUGAAGAGAUCUGCAGAGUGAAGGAAAUUCAAAAGGAGCUCCAAAACCAGCAGUCUAGCAUUGACUCAGCCCGGGAAAGCCUGAACACCCUUUGCAGAAAAUACCCAUCUGAAGAACUUGCUGGUCUAGGCUCCUCUCUGACUGACCUCAUCAAGAAAUAUGAAACGGUCAAUCAGCUGUGUGUUAAGAAGCUCGGGUCCAUGCAGCAUGGCCUUCAACAGCACUUCAAUGAUCUUGUGAAGGAGUUUCAUACAUGGCUGUCUGGACAGAAAGACAUCGUGAGAGAAUGUGCCGACUAUUCUGGUGACAUGAGCGUAGUGGAACGCAAACUGCAGAAACUGAAGGGAGCUCUGGAGCGGGUGGAUGAUGGAGACGGCCGCCUAAUGCUGGUGUGUACUGAGGGUGAGAAGCUUCUUCUGCACCUCCCCAAAGCCAGCGCUGGCCAAGUCCAGCAGAACCUCUCCUCCAUCCAGCAGGACUGGGACAGUUACGUGGAGCAGUGUAAACAGAACCAGCAGAACCUGGAAGAGAGCGCCAAUCUGCUCAGCGGUUUUGAGAGCCGUCUGGAGAGGUUGACCCGCUGGCUGGAGCGCAUGGAUGUGAGGAUGAGCACAGAGCUACCUGAGGGGAGACACGGCGAUCAGGAGCGAGUGACGCUGGAGCGUGUGGAAGAAUUCCAACAUGAAGUGCUAAAAGAAAGGGACUCGUUUGAGAGUCUAUGUCAGGAAGCUCAGUCCCUGAGUGAGGGGGGUCACGGCAGUGGGGCAGAGCUGAGGGCGUCUGCGCAGCUGCAGUUGCAGCACCAGGCGCUUCUCAAGGCGGCGAGGGAGAGACUGCGCUUAUGUCAGCUCAGCAUGCAGGAGCAGCAGAACUUCGAGGAGACGCUGCAGAGCACCUGGGGAUGGCUCAGUGGAGUACAGGAGCGCCUCAAUUCACUCAACAGCACCAGCGGGAAUAAAGAGACCCUGGAGAAGAGACUGGGGCUGGUUCAGGACAUUUUGCUGAUGAAGGGUGAAGGGGAGGUAAAGCUCAACAUGACCGUAGGGAAGGGAGAGCAGGUGCUGAAGAACUGCAGUAGGGAUAAACAGGAAAUUAUCCGCUCUCAGCUCAAGAGUCUGAAGGAUUCCUGGGCCAAUAUCCUCAUGACCGCCAUGAGCUGCCACAGUCGUCUGGAGUGGACCGUGGCUCAGUGGGGCAGUUUUCUGGAGAGUAAGGCUCAGCUGCAGCAGUGGAUGGAGAUGGUGGAGCAGGAGGCAGGAGUGGCUCUGCCGCAGCAGCCUGGGCUGAAAGAGAAAGCCUCACUGCUGGAGCGCCUACGGGCCAUUCAGGCCGACGUGGAGGUCCAUUUAACAGCACUGACACGUCUAAAUGAGAAAGCCACAGAGUUGUAUGAGAAGACAGGAGAUCAGAUGUUCGCAGAGGGACCGAAAUCUGAGUUUAACACUCAGUUUACCAACAUCACAAGUGUCAUUAAGAAUAAGGUACAGCAGAUGGAGGAGAUCGUCAAAGAGCAUGAGCAGUACAUGGAGUCGGUACGUGACCUGAACGACUGGCUCACAUCAGCUAAAGAAGAGCUUCAGCGCUGGUCAGACAUGUCUGGAGACGCUGCUUCUGUUCAGAGGAAACUCUCUAAAGUCAGGGGACUGUUAGACUCCAGGAAGCAAGGGCAUGAGCGGCUGACCCGUGUGCAGAGCUGCGGUGCUGCCACACGUGACCACACGUCCACGGUGGGCUGUGAGGUUCUGGAGAGAGAGGAGGGCGGGCUGCUUUCGGCCUGGGAACAGUGGGAGCGCGGAGCUAAACACGUGUGCUCUGGUCUGGAGGGCGUUCUGGCUCAGAUGGCCAACUCAGAGCAGGAGUUCAACAGCUUGGCUGCGCAGCUGGAGCAGGACCUGCAGGAGUUCAGCAGCAAGCUGCAGGAGUGGCGCAUCAAACUGCAGCAGGUGGAAGAUAUGACCUCCGGUGAAGAGGCUGUGCAAGGAUGGCAGAUAGCGAAGGAUGCCCUGGAAGCACUGCUAAACAUUGAGCCCAUGUCGGAUAAUUUGAAGUGUCAGCUGAACGACUUGUGCCGGUUCUCCAGAGAUCUGGGCGCUCAAUCUGAGAGAGUAUCCGCCCUCAUUAAAGAAUACAACAGCCUGAGUCUCCAGGCGUCUCGGGAGUGUCAGGGAAAGGAGAAGCUCCUGGAGCAGCGCUUCCGUGCCUCUUUUCGAGACUUCCAGCAGUGGCUAGUCAAUGCGAAAAUCAAUACGGCCAAAUGUUUUGAUGUGCCUCAGAACCUGGCUGAAGCAUCAUCCAGCCUGCAGAAGAUCCAGGAGUUUCUGAGCGACCGUGAACAAGGCCACGGCAAACUGAACACUGUGGCAGCCAGCGGAGAGCUACUAAUGAGUAUCGCCGCUAAAGACAGAGUGGAGUCAGUCAGAGCCAAAAUCAACACAGCCAGAGAAGACUGGAAAACACUCAUGACAAACCUGCAUCAGAGAGAAACCGCCUUACAGAAUCUUCAGGCUCAGAUGCGAGACUUCGAAACGAGCGUGGAGCCACUCCAGGACUGGCUGAAUGAAACCGAGGAGGCCGUCCAGGAGAGCAGCAGUCGGCUGCAUGAUCUCACAGCCAAGAAACAGGAGCUGCACAGGUUACAGUCUCUGCUAGAGGAAUUAGCCUCUAAGGAGUCUCAGCUGCACAGGUUGAGGGAGAAGGCCCAGCAGCUGUGGGACGGACACACGGCCGGAAAGGGCUUUGUGCACCGUGUCUCGCAGCUCUCAGCUCAGUACCUAGCUUUAAGCAACCUGACCAAGGAAAAAGCCUCUAGAAUCGACCGCAUCGUGUCCGAGCACCAGCUGUUUUCGCAGGGCCUGAAAGAGCUGCAGAACUGGGUGGCUGAUACCAGUCACAUGCUGCAAACCUACUGCACUCCCACCGCAGACAAGAACGUGCUGGACAGCAGGAUGAUCAAACUCGAGGCUUUGCUGACGGCACGUCAAGAAAAGGAGAUACAGCUGAAAAUGCUGAUGACGAGAGGAGAGUCGGUCCAGAGAAACACCUCCGCUGAGGGUGUACCGCUGGUCCGCCAACAAAUCGAGGACCUCAAGGACUCCUGGGAUGGACUGCUGUCAGCAUCUAUUCAAUGCAAAAGUCAACUUGAAGGCGCUCUGUCACAGUGGACCAGUUACCAGGAAGACGUGCGUCAGUUUGUGAGCUGGAUGGAGACUGUGGAAGAGACUUUAAACUCUGCAGACAAACAGUGCUCUGAAAUGAGAGACAAAACCACUAACCUGGGCAAAGCCAAAUUGCUCCUAGAGGAUGUUUUAAGUCACAACAGCGGCUUAGAUGUCAUAUCCAUGAAGGGAUCCAACAUGGCCGAGCACUAUGUCACCCAGCUAGAGAUUCAGGACUUGCAAGAGCGCUACAAUAUGGUCAAAGAUAAAGCCCAGUGUGCAGUUGCCAAAGCGGAGGAGCUGGUGUCGGCUCAUCAGGAGUACCAGCGCACCCUGCAUGAGUUUAAAGACUGGCUGGAGCAACAGCAGGAGAGACUGAGCUGCUACACACAGUUGGAGGGAGACGUCGAGACUCUAGAGGACACGCUACGCAAACUACAGGAGCUACAGGUGCAUUGCACAGAGGGUCAAGCUCUCCUCAACACGCUGCUGGUGACCCGAGAGCAGGUAAUUCCCUGGGGCGUCCCACAGUUAGAGGACCGAUGCCUGGAGACAGUCCAGCAGGAGUGGAGCUCGUAUCAGACCCGGCUGGGUGAGAUCAGAUCUCAGCUCAACAGCGCUCUUGCCAAACUCCGACAGAUAGAGCAGAAGUUCCAGCGACUGGAUAACUGGCUCAAAGGGAUGGAGACUAAAGGACAGUUACGCUCCGGCCGCCGCUCUGACAGAGCAACAAAAGAGGCACAGCUACAGCUCCUGAAGGGUUGGCAUGAGGAGGUGCUGGCUUAUCAGGAGGAAAUAGAGGGUCUCAGUGUCCUGGCCCAACAAGUUUUAGAAGAGACGCCCAUCAGCAGCAGAGUCAGCACUAGAGCUACACAACUCACGUCACGCUAUCAUGCCCUGCUGCUACACCUGCUGGACACUAUUAAGCAGCUGAAAGAGGAAGUUGCCAGCAUUGAAGAAUCUCAGAGUGUCUUUAGCACCUUCUCUGAUUGGUUGAGCACAGCACAAAAGAACUUCAGUAGCGUCACCACCACCACCAUCGAUGUGGUUGACCGUGCUGCCAUGGAGAAAAAGAUGAAAAAACUAGAGGCUCUGCAGGGUGACAUGGAGCUAGGUCACACCUUCCUGAAGACCAUGCGUGAAAAAACAGAUCGUGCCAUGACUUUCCUCGAGGAACCUGAGGCGGAGCAGCUCAAGGAAGAAGUUGACGCCCGACUCUCCCAGCUGGAGGCAUUGAUCAGAGCUCUGCGGUCAGAGCUCAGUGCCACAGAGAAAUCCAUACAGCUCUCUAAAGACUUUCUGGACAAAUACAAGACUCAAACACAAUGGCUUACAGAAACAAAAUCACUGCUGGCGUCUCCAGUGGAGCCAAAAGCUGAACUUUAUCAAAAGAAGGCUCAGCUAGCCAAAUAUAAGACAAUCCAGCACACCAUCCAGUCCCAUGAAUCAGCCGUCAAAUCUGUUAUAGAGAAGGGAGAUGCACUUCUUGAAACAAUCCGUGACCUAUCUAUUAGUGAGAACAUCAGCAAGCUGAAAACCGACUAUCAAGAUUUAUCCAAUAAUGCCAAGGUCCACGUUCAAAGUCUGACAGAGAGUGUGAGAGAGCAUGAAGACUAUAACAGUGAACUACAAGAAGUAGAGAAAUGGCUGUUGCAGAUGUCUAGCAGGCUGGUCACCUCUGAUUCCAUGCAAAGUGGCAAUCUAGAGACAGCCACACAACAACUAGCCAGACACAAGGCAAUAAUGGAGGAAAUAGCUGGUUUCGAGGAGCGUUUGACCAGCCUGAAGGACAAAGGUGAUCGUCUCACUAGUAGCUGCACAGAGCAAGUUCAAGCAAAGAUCAGUCAACAGAUCCAGGCACACCAGCAGGGAACCAGAGACAGUUAUUCAGCUAUUUGCAGCACGGCUCAGCGUGUGUAUCAGACUCUUGACCGUGAGCUCCAGAAGCACGUCAGCCAUCAGGACACCCUGCAGCAGUGUCAGACGUGGCUGUCGACCGUUAAAGAGGAGAUCCAGCUGCAGGCGCAGACUCCCUAUGGCCUCCAAGAGGCUCUGAAACAGGUGAAGCACUUUAGGGCCCUGCAGGAGCAGGCCAGCACGUAUCUGGACCUGGUUUGUUCAGUGUGUGAUUUGUCUGAUGAGUCUGUGAGAGCCACAGCUGCCAAAAUACAGGAAACCAAAACGAUGAUCGAGGCGAGGAUGACCAGUUCUCAAGAGCUGUCAGAUAGCUGGAGAGAGAUUAAAGAGCAAAAACAGGAACUCUCAACACUUUUCCAAGAUAUGGAACAGCAACUGCAAAGUCUGUCCAGGAGACCUGCCGAGUUGGAGCCCAAGAUUGCUCAAAACAUGCUCGAUCAAGCCAAAGAAUUUGGCCAGCAGCUUCAAAGCAGACAAAGCACUCUGACUAAGAUGACAGAGCUUGUGAGUAAGCUGACAGAAGGGCAGGAGUCUCCUGAGCAUACAGAGAUUGGACGUCUGAGCCAUGCAUGGCUGGAGCUUUGCCAUCAGGCCAACAAACUGCAGGCGCAGAGAGAGGAAGAUCUGCAAAGGACUAAAGAGUAUCAUGACUGCAUCAGUGCCAUGGAAGCCCUCUUUGAACAGGUGUCCAAAGAAUGGGACAACCUGGCCAGAACUGAUGCCGAGAGUUCAUCUGAUCAUUUGGAGGCUCUUCGGAAACUCUCGGUUGUUCUUAAAGAAAAGAAAAGCACACUUGAGGACCUCAAAGAGCAGAAGCAAAAAGUAAUGUACCACCUAAACCUGGAUGAUAAAGAGCUGGUGAAAGAGCAGAUUGGCCACUUUGAACAGCGAUGGGCCCAUCUAGAGAGCCUCAUUGAGAGAAAGAUCCAGGACUCCAUUGUGACUCUCGAAGACAUGGGCCAAGUUGAGGCCCGUUUGAGGGAAGCUCUCGAAUGGGCUGAGGAGCAGAAGCCUGCCCUAUCCGAAGCCAUGAAAAUGAGUCCUCCACCUGAACUAGCUCAGAGUUUCCUCUUUGACCAUCUAAGCAUAUGCAGUGAGCUGGAAGCCAAGCAGCUUCUCUUGGCCCAGGCUAUGAGUGAUGCAGACAGGGUUUUAGCACAUCUAGGGCUAAACGAAAGGCAAAAACUGCAGCAGCUCAUCUCAGAAACUCAAGCAGAGGUUGAGUCAUUGAGCGUCAAAGUAGCACAACGCAGGAAACACCUAAGCAAAGCCUUCACAGAGAGAACCCAGUUCCUUUUGGCUGUGAAUCAAGCUAUCACCUGGGUCCAGCAGAAUGAAAAGAAAGCACAAGCAGAAGAGUACAUAGCCCUUCUUCCUGAUGACCUAUCUAAGCAGGUCAGGACUUGCAGGAACAUUCAGAGCAGCUUGAGAGCCUACCAGAGUGAGUUGACCUCCCUGUGGUCCCAAGGUAGGGAUCUGAUGAAAGACGCUGCCGAAGAAGAGAAAUCAGAGAUGCUCAACAAGCUCCAAGAGCUGCAGAAUAUCUUCGAAGUUGCACUACAGAAGUGCAGCCAGAGGCUUCAGGAGUUAGAAAAAGUGUUGGUGACGAGGAAAUACUUCAAGGCAGAUCUCGAGAAGAUAUGCCAGUGGUUGAAGCAAGCUGAUAUUGUGACCUUCCCAGAGAUAAACCUCAUGAAUGGAGAUGCAGAAUUGAGUUCGCAGCUUACAAAAUACCAACAAAUAUUGGAUCAAGCCAUGGAAUAUGAGAACCUCUUGCUAACUGUCCAAAGAACAGGUCAAGAAAUACUUCCCACUCUGAAUGAAGUGGACCAUUGCUACUUAGAUGAGAAAUUGAUUGCUCUUCCGCAACAGUACAAUAAUAUUUUAGGACUAGCCAAGGAGAAACAAGAGAAAAUACAACAGGCUAUUCUUGCCCGACAGGAAUAUGCCUCCUUUAUUGAUGUGACCCACAAAGCACUUAAAGAACUUGAGGAACAAUUUCACAGCUUGGGGACACAGUCUGUCGGCCUUAAGACUGAGGAGGUUGUCAGCCUUCAGGCUGAUUAUAAAGCCCUCCUGGAGGAGCUGACCAAUCUUGGACAAGCCGUCAGUGAGCUUAACCAGAAGAAGGAGGGAUUUCGUAGCACUGGCCAACCUUGGAGACCUGAAGAAAUGACCCAAUUGGUUAGCCUUUACAAUGGUCUCAAAAGAUUGAUUGAGCAGAGGGUAGAACAUCUUGACGACACUCUGGAAUCUUUCGAGGACCAUCAAGCCAUGGCUAUGCAGGUGGAUUCAGAGCUGAAGGCCACCAAAGAGCAACUGGUGAAAGUCAAUGCAGAGACACAGUCAGCUGAGGAGAGAUUGAAAAACUAUCAUGCCCUGGCCGCUAGUCUUCAAGGCGCUAGCUCUCACCUCACUCGACUCAUGGAGCAAAUGGACAACCUGGCAACCCACAUGGAUUCUGCCGCACACGAGGCUUCAAAGCAGCGGGUGACCUCUUGGCAAGAAGAGCUUCAGUCCUUACAGUCAGCUGUUGGGGAACUGAUUGUGGAGUGUGAGAACAGGUUUGUGCAGAGUAAAGACUUUGAGACCGAAGUCAAUCGGACCUUAAAGUGGCUCGAGCAAAUCAAAGAUGAGCUUGGCUCUGAGGUGGUGGUAGAUGUCAAGGUGGAGAAGGUCCAAGAGGAAAUCCGAAAGCAACAGAUUAUGCAAGAGGAAGUUCAGUCGAGGCUGAGGAUAGUGGCAGCUCUAAGCACCAGAGAGAAGCAGAAGUACACCAGUGCCAAUGAGCUUGUGCCUCCUCAUGUGGACUCAAGUCUACAAGAGAUGGCCAAGCUGGAGGCUGACGUUCAACGUGCCCUCAGCUCCAAACAGAUUACGCUAGAGCAAGCCCUUGCCUUGUGCCAGAAGUAUCACUCCAGAAUGCAGUCAGCUUGUGAGUGGCUAGAGGAUGCUGUGGGCUUCAUUCAGCAGGCCAGUCUCGGGGUGGAUGUAGAGAACUACGAGGAGUGUCUGAGGCAACAGGAAGACAUCAUGGCCACUGAACAGGAGUUCCUGGGUGUUCUUGAGGAGCUGGAUUCAUUAUCACCUCAGCUUGAAAACCUGGUCAACCCUACAGCCAAGGAGCAGCUUCGACUUAGUGUGGAGUCUGCACAGCAGAGAGGCGUGGAGGUCAGAGACCAGCUUCAGUGCCACCAAGACAUCUUAAACAGCUGUGUUGCCCAGUGGAAUUCAUAUCAGGAGGCCAGACAGACAGUCAUUGAGCUGAUGAAUGAGGCAGAGAAGAAGCUUACAGAGUUCUCCACAGCCAAGGCUGCAACGAGCCAGGAAGCUGAAGAGAAACUCAGAAGUCAUAAGUCGUUGGUAUCCAUGGUAAACAGUUUCCAAGAAAAGCUGACUGGUUUGGAAGAGCAAGCCUCCCAGUUAGAGCUGGUUGGAAGUGACGCCAGUAAAGCCACCAUAAGUCGAUCCAUGACCACGGUGUGGCAGCGCUGGACCAGGUUGCGCAGUGUAGCACGAGGCCAAGAAAGGGUGCUGGAGGAUACGGCCCACGAAUGGAGAACUUUCAGGGAAAAGAUGAUGAAGGUAAGAGCUGUAACAGAAGAACUGAAGGGCCGUGUUCCUGAUUGCACUGCUGAGAAAGCCUCCAAAGCCACACUGCAGUCACAUCUGGACCAGUAUGAGCUGGUUGGUCAGGACCUAGAGAGGGAGCUGUCUUCUCUAACCCUUUUACGACAGUACGCUCUCAGCCUGCUACAUGGUGUGGAGGUGUCUGUGCCAACGGCUGAUCAUGAGCAACUGCCAAGUCUGAAGGAUAUCAAAGCUGUGCAAGAUCAGCUAGAAAGUCUUCUGCAGAAGGCCAGGACAGGAAAGACUCGGGUUCAGCAGGAACUGUCAGACAGGGAAGGCGUGGAGAGAGGGCUGAGUCUUGUCAAGAGCUGGAUCCAGGACUCCAGGGAGCUUCUGCUGAACCCCACAUCUGAUCUGGACAUUUUGACACAAGAACUGGAGGUGAUGCAUGGAGAGCUAAUCACUCAUCGUCAAAAUGUGGACAAGCUUGCAGAGCAGCAACAAAGUAAAUACUUGGAUCUGUACACUAUUUUGCCAUCUGAGAUCUCAAUGCAACUGGCUGAAGUGUCCCUGGCACUGGGAUCCAUUGAGGACCAGGUUCAAGCCAAGGAGAGAGACAUCCAGAAGACGAGAGUUAUCAAAGAGGAGUUCAACUCCAGAAUUCAUGACGUGUCGGAAAAAUUGAAGGCAGUCUCUACCUCUCUAAAGGAAAAGGCCACUGAUAUUGAUCAAGCCAAAGAUGAGGCCAGACGUCUCUGUGAUGAACUUGAUGUCUGUGGACGAAAUCUCGCUGAGCUGGAAGCCGCAGUGCAAGACUUUGGUCGCCGUAAUCCUCUGAUAGCCAGACAGCUGGCUGAUGCUAUUGCCAAAUUACGAGAGAUCCAUCAUCACACUCUUCGACUGGCUGAAUAUAAGACGAUAUGGCUGAAGAAGGCUGAUGCACAUCUAGAUGAGUACAAUGAGAUGUUUGAGUUCAUAGUGAAGUGGACAGACAGAGCCAGGAGCCUGGUGAAGGCCAACAUCAUCUGGAACUCCUCCUCACACCUGCAAGAGCAGAUCAGGAUGUAUCAGGCUGUUCUGCGUGAGUCGCGUGAGCUCCACGGUGACCUGGAGGCCAUGCAGGAGAAGGUGGAGAUACUGUCUGAGACACUGCAGGUGGAAGCCAUGGGACAGCAGGUGUCAGAACUGAGCCGCCACACUGAAGAACUGGAGCAGAGCAUCAGGUCACGGCUGCAGAGUCUACAGGAUGCAGCAAAGGAUAUGGAGAGGUUUGAGAAUGAAGUGAAGGCUCUGCAUGUGUUGCUGGAGCAGGUUCAGGCCACUCUCACAUCUCCUGAACUGGCCCGACUGAGUCUAAAAGAACAACUGACUCAAAGACAACGUUUGCUGGCGGACAUGGAGAGCUUUAAACAACAGGUGGAGGCCGUCCAGGAGUGUCAGAGCGCUCUAAGAGUUCCUGAGGAAGUGGUGACCAGUCUGUCCAUCUGCCGCACUGCUCUGAAUCUGCAACAAGAGGCCAGUCAACUGCAGCACACCGCCAUCCAGCAAUGCAACAUCCUGCAGGAGGCAGUGGUGCAGUAUGAACAGUAUGAACAGGAAGUCAGAAACCUGCAGGCCAUGAUUGAAGAUGCUCACCGGGUCAUUCAGGACCAACCCGUGAACACCAGUAACAUCCAGGAGCUGCAGGCACAAAUUAACCAUCAUGAGGAACUGGCUCAGAAAAUCAAGGGCUAUCAGGAGCAAAUUGCAUCUCUGAACUCCAAGUGUAAGAUGCUGACGGUGAAAGCUAAACACGCCACCACGCUCCUGUCAGUGAGUGAUGCAGAGGGUUUAACCGAGAGUCUGGAGGAACUGGAUGGUGAUGCUAUUCAAAGAAAGACCCAAUCACAAGUCUCAAUGUCAGCUGGUCGCUGUCAGUCUCUCCUGUCUCCUGUGACAGAGGAGUCUGGCGAGGAGGGCACCAGCAGUGAGAUCUGCUCUCCUGCUUUCUGUCGAUCUCCUUCUCCUAUCACUAACACUGAAGCAGCCAUUAGCAAGAUGUCCAUGGGAAGGGCCACUCUCACCAGAGCGCCCAUCCAGGAGCUGUACAAUCCCGCACUGGAGUCUGUAGCGAGUUUAGAUGAUCUUCAGCGCUCAUGGGAAACCCUGAAAAAUGUGAUUAGUGAAAAGCAGAAGACGCUCUAUGAGGCUUUGGAGAAGCAGCAGCGCUAUCAAGGCUCUCUACAGUCCAUCUCUUCUAAGAUGGAGUCCAUCGAGGUCAGAUUAAACGAGCCCCCUAUGCACGAUCUCAGUCCUGACAGACAAAUGGUCCUACAUCAGAAUCAGAUGGAGGAAAUUGUCAAACUGCAGAAUGAUAUAGAUGAGCUUCAGUCCAGUUUCACAGAAGAGCUCAUCUCUGAUGCUGUGGACUCAGACUCUGUGGAUCAGCUGGCCAUGCAGUCCACACUCACUGUGCUGUCCGAAAGGAUGGCCACCAUCAACAUGAAGGCUUCUGGAAAACGCCAGCUUCUUGAGGAGCGACAGAGUGAACGUAUGGAAAAGCAGCAACAGGCACAGGCUUUGCAGCGCUACCUGAACCAGGCAGACCAGCUGGACCAGUGGCUGCAGAGCACUCGCGGUAACAUCACUUCCUCCUCUCAGGACUCAGACAUGGAAGAGCAACUCAAAGACUGUCAGAACAUGCUGCUGGAAAUUGAGGAGAAGGUGCUGGCUCUCUCCGAGCUCUCCAGACACAGUGAGAAUCUUCUGCUGGAGGGCCGCCCGGAGAACAGGGAGGACGCGGAGCAGCUGGCCAGGAAGUUGCGUACGCUGAAAGGCAGCCUGCUAGAGCUGCAGAGGAUGCUGCAGGACAAACAGAUCAACAUUCAGGAUUCCUUUAAGGAACCAUCAGACUCGAGUGAAUCAGACUCCAGUCUCUCCCAAAGUCCAAACAUGCAGGACUGGCUGGCCCAGGCCCGUUCCACACGCAGCUUACAGCACCAGGACACCCUCCAGAAACAGAGGGAGCUUGAAGAGCAACUUGCAGAGCAGAAGAAGCUGUUGAAAUCCGUAGCGAGUCGUGGAGAGGAAAUACUCACCCAGCAAGCGUCACCUGUCAGAACCAGUUCUGUCUGUCAAAUGUUCUGCAGUGCAACAGAGAUCCUCUCGCCUGGUGUAGAGCAGGAGGGAGACAUUCAGGCUACGAAGAAGCAGAGGAGAAAGAGAUGGGAAAGUCUGAAAAAAGACAUGGCUACUAAACUACAGCUCCUUAUGAACACACUAGAGCAAGACAGCAAACAACCGUUUUACUCCAGAACUGCUUGUGUGAAGACCGCAGCCCCGGUUUAUAAGAGAGAGACUCACGUUCAGGAUAAGACCAGCCUGAUGUCCCUGCACGAUGGAUUCAGUCAGACAAUAAAGGAAAUGACGACUCAGGCUACAGAGCAAGAAGUCAUUCUGAUGGAGCAGCAGCUUUAUUCAGCGGUCACAGCCACAUCCUCUUGGGUGGAUGAUGUGGAAAACACACUGUUUUCUGGCCCUGCUCUGCUGACGGAGAAUGCAGAGACACAGCUCUCCAACCAUGAGACAUUGGGAAAAGAAGUGACAGAGGUGACGAGGCAGGUCAGCCACAGCGAGGGGCUGAUAGGUGGCUCUGUGGGACUAUCUGAGGAAGAGCAGACCCUGAUGAAGGACACCCUCGACUGUCUGACUCGACGCCUGGGAGCUCUGGACUCGGCAUUGGACCGCCGCUGUGACACCAUGCGGAGCAGAAUGCGGGAGCUCACAGCUUUCCAGACGGAGUUGCAGCAUCUCUUUACAGCGCUUAAUGAAAGCAAGUUCCAGAUUAUCCAGAAAAUGGCAGGAGUUCUUGACCAUACAACAACUAAACAGAUUGAAACUAUUGCAGAGGCAGAGGAGACGCUGAAAGAUUUCGAGCACAGAAUAACAGAGCUGAAAGCCAGAGGGGCGGAGCUACAGCUGGACCAGUUUUCCACCAAUGAGCUGCUGAAGCUACAGGAUGCUUAUGAAGAACUGGUGAUGACGGUGGGCUCUCGACGGAGCGGGCUGAACCAGAAUAUGGCACUGAAAAAUCAGUAUGAACGAGUUCUGCAGGAUCUAAUUGAUCUGGUGGACACGGCCCAAGAUAAGAUGAAUGCUGACCAGAAGAUGAUUGCCAGCUCAGUAGAGGACGUGCACAACCUUCUAGACAAGCACAAGGAAUUUUUCCAAGGCCUAGAGUGGCAUAUGGUGCUCACCGAGACGUUCUACAAAAAAAUCAGUGCCUUUGUUUUGCCACGUGAGCGUCAGACUCUGGAGGAGACACUAGCCCGGGCUCAGGAUGUGCUUAAGCAAGCGCACAAAAAAGGAGUUGAGCUGGAGUGCAUCUCAGAGACAUGGAGUCGUCUAGUUUCGGACUAUCAAACCCUGUACCGAUUGCUAGAGGCUGUGGAAGGCAGUCUGCCGACUGUCGGCCUGGCGGAGGAGACGGAAGAAAGACUGAAUGAAAGAAUAGAGCUCUAUAAAGCCCUUAAAGCCAGUCUGACGGAGCACCAACACAAGCUGCAUCAGGUGCUGGAGGAAGGGAAGCAUCUUCUGUCAUGUGUGAGCUGCUCCAGCCUGGAGAAUCAGCUCACUCUUUUGGGCGAGCAUUGGCUCAACAACUCCACCAAGAUCAACAAGGAGCUACAGAACCUGGAAUCCAUCUUGAAGCACUCAACUAGGUAUAAGCAUGAGUCUGUUGAACUGAAUCGAUGGCUACAGGAAGCUCUGGAACGCUUGGAGUUCUGGAACACACAGUUUGUAGCUGGACCUCAGGAACUGGAGACUGUUAAAGACCAACUAUCAGCUUUUCUGGAGUUCAGUAAGGAGGUGGAGAGCCGCUCCAGUCUGAAGGCCUCGGUGCUGAACGAGGGAAACCAACUGCUCAGACUCAAAAAGAUGGACACCGCAUCUUUGCGGUCUGAACUUUCCCGUCUGGACUCUCAGUGGUCCGAAUUGCUCGCCCGCAUUCCUGUAGUUCAAGAGAAACUCCACCAGUCUCAAAUGGAUAAGCUGGCAUCCCGUCAUGCUACUGCUGAGCUUGUGAACUGGAUUUCUUUGAUGGAGAGAGUGAUAGAAGAAGAUGAGGAGAAUCUCAAAGGGGCUGUUGGGUCAAAGGUCAUCCAAGAGUACCUGCAGCGAUACAAGGGCUUCAGAGUGGAUGUGAACUGCAAACAGUUGACUGUGGACUUUGUGAAUCAGUCAGUGCUCCAGAUGAGCGGUGCAGAUGUGGAGAGCAAACGCAGUGAUAAAACAGAUUUUGCGGAGAAACUGGGUGCCAUGAACUGCCGCUGGCAGAUACUGCAGACACGUAUCACAGAGAGGGUACAAUAUCUGGAAUGCUUGUUGGAGUCCUGGGUUGAAUAUGAAGGUAAAGUUCAGACUCUUCAGGCAUGGCUGAACUCUCAAGAGGACAGACUCAAGAGAAAACACAGGAUUGAGAACCUAUCCUCUGUACAGAAUGCACUGAAAGACUGCCAGGAGAUGGAGGAGAUGGUGAAGGACAAGGAAAGGGAGCUGGAGAGAGUGGAGGAACAGGCUUGUGCUCUCGUCCAAAAUAAGACUGACGAGGCCUGUGCUGUUGUCAUGGAGUCUCUGCAAGCCUUGAACAACACAUGGGCCAAUCUGGACCACUUGAUCGGGCAGCUCAAGAUCGGUCUGAAGUCUGUUCAGGACAAGUGGAGUCAAUACAAACAAGCGUCUGAAGAGAUCAACGGAUACCUGACGGAGGGACGCUACUCUGUGUCUCGCUACCGUCUGCUCACGGGAUCUCUGGAGGCUUCGCGGCUACAGGUGGAGAGCCUACAGAACCUGCAGGACGAGCUUGAGAAACAAGAGAGCAGUCUGAGAAAGUUCGGAUCAGUUACACAUCAGCUUUUAGAGGAGAGUCACCCGUCUGUGUCUGACACACUCAAUAACACACUAAAAGACAUUAAUGCCAGGUGGAACAGUUUGCAGGAGGAGAUCGUGGAGCGUCUGAAGAGCAGUAAGGCUCUCUUGCAGCUGUGGCAGAGCUAUAAGGAUCUUUAUGGACAGAGUGACUCCAGCGUUCAGACAUUAGAGGAGAAAGCAAACCAGAUGCUGAAGACAGCCAGCCACAAAGACAUCACAGAGGAGGAAGUGUCCACCUGGAUUCAAGACUGUGCUGAGCUGCUGCGCUCUCAGGCUCCCGUCCAGGCGUCUCUGCAGGUUUUAUUGGAGCUGGGAGAGCAGCUCAAACAGCAGGUGGACACAUCAGCUGCAGCCUCCAUCCAGUCUGACCACCUGUCUCUCACCCAGCGCCUCAGUGCCGUAGAGCAGAGCCUGAGCCGACAGCAGGUGGCGCUGCAGGCUGGAGUUCGGGACUAUGAGACGUUUAAUGAGCAGCUGGACUCUCUGUCCCGCUGGAUUGUGGAAGCUGAGGAGGUUCUGAAAGGUCAGGAUCCGAAUGGUUCUUCUGACCAGUCACUGAUACGGGACCGUAUGGAGGAACUGAAGAAACAAAUGCUGAAGUUCAGCAGUAUGGCACCUGAUCUGGAAAGGCUGAAUGAACUGGGUUACCGACUCCCUCUCAACGACUCUGAGAUCAAACGCAUGCAAAACCUCAACAGAAGCUGGUCCACCACCUCAGCUCAGACCACUGAGAGAUUCAGCAAACUUCAGGCACUCUUACUACAGCAGCAGACCUUUCUGGAGAAAUGCGAGACGUGGAUGGAGUUCCUGGUGCAGACGGAGGAGAAACUGGCCGUGGAGAUUUCCGGAAACUUCCAAAGCCUGAUGGAGCAACAAAGAGCCCAUGAGCUGUUUCAGGCAGAGAUGUUCAGCAGACAGCAGAUCCUUCACUCCAUCAUCAGCGAUGGACAACGCAUGCUAGAGCAGGGACAGGUGGACGACAGAGAUGAGUUCAAGCUGAAGCUGGCUUUGCUCAGUAACCAGUGGCAGGGCGUGGUGAGACGUGCACAGCAGCGCAGGGGCAUCAUAGACAGUCUCCUGCGACAGUGGCAGCGCUACAGGGAGAUGGUGGAGAAGCUUCGCAAGUGGUUGGUGGAAGCGUCCCACCAGGCUGAAACCCUGCAGGCGGGCGCACCUGUGCCACUGCAACAGGCACGAGCCAUGCUGGAUGCGGUUCAGCUAAGGGAGAAGGUUUUGCUGAGGCAACAGGGCAGUUACAUCUUGACGGUGGAGGCAGGGAGACAGCUGCUUCUGUCUGCUGAUACACGGGCCGAAGCCGCUCUACAAGAGGAGCUGCUCGACAUACAGGAGCGCUGGAGACACGCCAACAUCCGCCUGGAGGAGCAAAAGAAAGAGCUGGCUGUCCUGCUAAGGGAUUGGGAAAGAUGUGAAAAAGGUAUCGGAGGAUCUCUAGAGAAACUAAGAGCUUUUAAACGCCAGCUUUCCCAGCCGCUUCCAGAUCGUCAUGAGGAGCUGCAGUCUGAACAAAUGCGCUGCAAGGAUCUGGAGAGCAUGUUUGACGGCUGGAAGGAGGAUUUGACCCAUCUGACGGUGUUGAGAGAGUCUCUGUCCAGCUACAUCAGUCCUGAAGAUCUGCGGGUGCUUCAGGAGCGCAUUGAACUCCUGCACCGCCAGUGGGAGGAGAUCUGUCAUCAGUUGUGUCUGCGCAUACAGCAGGUGAGCGAGAAGCUGAAUGAAUGGGCCAUCUUCAAUGAUAAAUAUAAGGAGCUGUGUGAAUGGCUGACGCAAAUGGAAAGCAAAGUGUCCCAGAAUGGAGACAUCAGCAUCGAAGAAAUGAUUGAGAAACUACGAAAGGACUAUCAGGAGGAGGUGGCAGUGGCUCAGGAGAAUAAAUAUGAGCUCCAGCAACUGGGUGAACGUUUAGCACGUGCCAGUCAUGAGAGCAAAGCCUCUGACAUCGAACACAAGCUCAGUAAAGUCAACGAACGCUGGCAGCAUCUGCUCGACCUCAUUGGGGCCAGGGUGAAGAAGCUCCGGGAGACUUUAGUGGCCGUUCAGCAGUUGGAUAAGAACAUGAACAGUCUGCGCUCUUGGCUCGCCCACAUUGAGACCGAACUGUCCCGUCCCAUCGCUUACGACACCUGCGACUACCAGGAGAUCCAGAGGAAAUUGGAUCUACAGCAGGAGCUGCAGAGAGACAUCGAGAAGCACAGUACAGGUGUGGCGUCUGUGCUGAACCUGUGUGAGGUUUUGCUGCACGACUGUGACGCGUGUGCUACGGACGCCGAGUGUGACUCCAUCCAACAGGCCACACGCAGCCUGGACCGUCGCUGGAGGAGCAUCUGUGCCAUGUCCAUGGAGAGGAGACUCAAGAUUGAGGAGACGUGGCGUCUCUGGCAGAAGUUUCUCGAUGACUACACCCAUUUUGAGGAGUGGCUCAUGGUGUCGGAGAAGACGGCCGCGCUGCCAAACUCUUCAGGUGUCCUUUACACUGUUGCCAAAGAGGAGCUCAAGAAAUUUGAGACGUUCCAGCGGCAGGUGCAUGAAAGUUUGACACAGCUGGAGCUGAUCAACAAACAAUACCAGCGAUUGGCUCGUGAGAAUCGCACCGAUGCGGCCUGUAGUUUGCGAGAAAUGGCCCACAAUGCCAACCAGCGCUGGGAUAACCUACAGAGACGAGUGUCAUCCGUCCUACGCAGGCUUAAGCACUUUAUAACUCAGAGGGAGGAGUUUGAGACGGCACGAGACUGUAUCCUGGUCUGGUUGACGGAGAUGGACUUGCAGUUAACCAACAUUGAGCAUUUCUCAGAGUGUGACGUCCAGGCCAAAAUCAAACAGCUGAGGGCGUUCCAGCAGGAGAUCACUCUGAACACAGCCAAGAUUGACCACAUAUUCCAGCAGGGUGAGGCUCUACUGGAAAAGAGUGAGCCGAUAGAUGCUGCUGUGAUUGAGGAGGAGCUUGAAGAACUGCAGCGUUACUGCCAGGAAGUGUUUGGACGUGUGGAACGCUACUACAAGAAACUUAUACGAUUACCGCUCACAGACGAUGAACAUGACGUCUCGUACUCGGACCGGGAGUUUGAUCUGGACGAGCCUGUUGACUUAUCCAGCUUUCCAUGGAGUGAGCGUCUGGGCGAUGGUUUUCUCUCCCCUCUGCCUUCAUCCAGUCGCUCUGCGUCACUAGCCGCUCCUCUACGGGCCGAACGCUCUGGCCGAGACACUCCAGCCAGCGUGGACUCCAUCCCUCUGGAGUGGGACCACGAUUACGACCUGAGCCGGGGUCUGGAGAGCGCCAGCAGAGCCUUGUCCUCCGAACCAGGAGACCAGGGAGAGGACGGAUACCUGCAGGGUUCAGCAUCCGCCCUCUCAGAUGUAGUGAUUCCCGAGAGUCCUGAGGCAUAUCUAAAACUUACUGAGCAAACUCUGAGGUCCAGCGCUGGUGACACUGGAUCACUAGAGACUCACAUCAGACAGCUGGAUAAAGUGCUCAACACCAGCUGCUUCCAUCUGCAGCAGACGGAGAACAUCAUACGCAGCCGAACUCCCACCGGCCCCGAGCUGGAUGCCACCUACAUGGGAUAUAUGCGUCUUCUAGAAGAAUGUCGUGGCAGUAUAGACGCAGUAAAGCGAGUGGGAUUCGAGCUGAAAGAUGAGGAAGACAAGAUAACAGGUUUCAUCAACCCCAACAGCUCAGAGUCACAAACUUCAGGUGUGAUCGAGCGCUGGGAGCUGCUGCAGGCUCAGGCUCUCAGUAAAGAGAUGCGCAUGAAGCAGAACAUGCAGCAGUGGCAGCAGUUCAACUCUGACCUGAACAGCAUCUGCAGCUGGCUGGACCAGGCAGAAGAAGAGCUGGAGCAGCAGCGGGGACUGGACCUCAGCACGGACAUACAGACCAUCGAGAUCCGCAUCAAGAAACUCAAGGAGUUGCAGAAGGCUCUGGAUAAGCGCAAGGCCAUCGUGCUGUCCAUUAACCUCUGCAGCGCCGAGUUUGUGCAGUCGGACAGCGAGGAGGCGCGAGACCUGCAGCGACGGCUGAAGGAGAUGAACAACCGCUGGGAGCGUCUCGGCAGCUCUCUGGACGAGUGGAGGAACGCGCUCCAGCACGCACUCAUGCAGUGCCAGGACUUCCAUGAGAUGAGUCACGGUCUCCUUCUGUGGCUGGAGAACAUCGAUCGCAGGAGGAAUGAGAUCAUCCCGAUUGACCCCACUCAGGACACUGACACCCUACAGGAGCAUCACAAAACGCUUCUGAUAAUCCGUCGGGAGUUGCUGGACACGCAGUUGAAGGUGGCGUCCCUGCAGGACAUGUCUCUUCAGCUGCUCGUUCACUCGGAAGGCAGUGACUGUCUGGAAGCCAAGGAGAAGGUGCAUGUGAUCGGGAACCGUCUCAAGCUGUUGCUGAAGGAGGUGACGAGAGACAUCAGAGAGCUGCAGAAGGCCCUGGACAUCAGCAGUAGUCAGCAGGACUUGUCAUCUUGGUCGUCCGCUGAUGAGUUGGACACUUCCGGUUCCCUGAGCCCCGUGUCUGGACGCAGCACUCCCAGUCGCCAGCGAUCGCCACGGGGCAAAAGUAGUCUGUCACAGCCCGGAGCCUGUGUGAGCAGUCCACUUCACAGCAGGUCUCGCAACGCCGCUGGAUCCGUUUCCUCCCAUUCUGACGAGGAAGAACCACCAUCCUGGUGCAAAACCUUCCUGAAGCGUGUCCUCUGGGCCGCACUGCCGCUGCAGAUCAUCCUGCUGCUGGUGCUGGUGGUGGCCUGUCUCGUGCCUACGUCUGAGGACAACUACAGCUGUGCCCUUUCCAACAACUUCGCCCGCUCCUUCCACCCGAUGCUCAGCUACACCAAGGGGCCUCCGCCUAUAUGAGCUCAAACGGCAGCUCAGCGUCGGGUUUCCCUCUAAAUUGACAACUGCCAUUGAGUUUGGCAGCCUUUAUCGUGUCCUUGUACAGCAAAUACAGCUGCUAAUACUACAGUAUGUCACUGAGUCUCGUGUAGAUGUUAGAACGAAGCCUAUUGCACUGAAAACCGCUGUCGUUAGUGCUACUGAUGUUCUUCCAUGUUUGAUAUGAAGGAGGAAACUAGAGUGUAGGAUAUUAACUCAACACUGUGAGUUAAUCAGGUCUAAAGGCCUUUUUUAAUCAUGGAAAGAUCGAGUUUAGAGGAAAAAAUUGAAAGGUGUCGGAUUGCUUGUAUCAAAUGAAUAACUUGUAAAAAAGAGAAGAUAAAAAAUUUAUGAACUCUAUAUUGCAAUUAUUUUUUAUAUGUAUUUUUGGCAUGUGGUCAUCCUUUGGUUUUAAAACAGUCGUUGAUUUUAUUGGAUUUGUCAUUGUUUAUUUUUCAUUUUCGAUCUUAACUAACCCGCUGUAAUAUUCAAGGUAACUGUGUCAUGAGUAUACUUUACUGUAUGUAAACCACUGAUAUCAAAGAAAAGGAUAUUUAUGUAUGUACAGUUUGCGAAGGCCUAAGAAACCUUUGCAAUGAAAAUACACCUAUGAUAUACACAUAACCUGCUGAUAAGUAUUUUUCAUUACAAUUAAAGAUUGAAUGACCAUGAUUGGUUUAA